AUGGUGGUCGAAUCGGUGCCCAGCAAAGAGCGGUUCACCGCGACCAGGCCGCAGGAUAACGAGCAGCAGCACGUGCACGAGGUGUACAACCAGAUUGCGUCGCACUUCUCCAACACGCGAUACAAGCCGUGGCCCAUUGUGGAAAAGUUUCUGCGGGACCAAAAGGACCACUCGGUGGGCGUGGACAUUGGCUGUGGCAACGGCAAGUACAUGGGCGUCAAUAACAAGGUGUUUAUUGUGGGCUCCGACCGUUCGGACGAGCUGGUGAAGCUAGCUCAUGACAUGGACCCCUCUAGAGAGGUGGUGGUCUGCGAUGCGAUCGACAACGCCCAUCCCGAGGGCAGAUUUGAUUUCGCCAUCAGCAUUGCCGUGAUUCACCACUUUUCGACCCCCGAGCGACGCCGGGAGGCCGUGCGGGCCAUCCUGAACACUCUACGGCCCGACGGACGAGCUCUCAUCUACGUGUGGGCGCUGGAACAAAAGACCAGUAGACGCGGCUGGCACGAGGGCAUGGACCAGGACGUUAUGGUGCCGUGGGUCAAGAAGGUAGAUGGCGUGGAGGAAGUCAGAUACCGCUACUAUCAUCUUUACCGCGAGGGAGAGAUUACUUCGGAUGUGGAGGCUUCGGGAGGAAAGGUGUUGGAGACCGGUUAUGAGAAGGAUAAUUGGUGGGUGGUAGCCAAGAGAGGUGACGAUUGGAGUUGA